AACUAAGCCCAGUACAAUUUCUAGCAAGUUUCCCUCCAUUUCCCGCUUCAUUCAGGCAGGAGAAUCCAAAGCCGCACACAGCAUCUGCGUUUUCUUUCGCUCGCGCCCCUUUCCCAGUGAAGCAGUUGACGGAGACUGAGAGAAAUGGGAGGGACAGACGUCGACGGGGCCGCCGGAGGCGAUGGAGAGGAGGAUGUGCAGGAGGAGUUCGCGGUGUGGAAGGGGAACACGCCGCUGCUGUACGACUUCGUCAUCUCUCAUUCCCUCGAGUGGUCUUCUCUCACAGUUCAAUGGCUUCCUUCUCCUCCAACUGAUGAAGGACCCUUUUCCAUACAUAACCUUAUCCUGGGGACCCACAGCGCUGUAGAUUGCCCUAACUUCGUUAUGCUCGCUCGGGCGUACCUUCCUCGGAGCCCUGCGCCUGGAAUGCUCCCGACUCUCACCAAAUCUCAAACGCCCAAGGUAGAGAUAGUGCGAAAAAUACAUACUGGUGGGGAAGUGAACAGAGCAAGGUGUAUGCUGCAAAACACAUCUAUUGUUGCAGCUAAAACUAGUUGCAGCGAAGUUUACCUGUUCGACUUUGCCAAGCAGUCUCUGGACUCUCUGAGUACUAAUGAACAUGGUGCCUGUGACCCUGACUUGAGAUUGAAGGGCCAUGAUGAAGAAGGGUAUGGCUUGUCAUGGAGCCCAUUCAAGGAGGGAAAUCUUUUGAGUGGUUCAAACGACUCCAAAGUUUGCUUAUGGAACAUAUCAGCCUCACCUAUUGAUAAGGUGCUUGAAGCAGAUUUCAUCUAUCAGGCACAUCAAAGCGUGGUUGAAGAUGUCUCAUGGCAUUUAAAGAAUGAAAACAUGUUUGGUUCUGUUGGAGAUGAUUGCCAGCUAAUUAUUUGGGACACUCGCACAAAUAAGCCCCAACAGUCUGUCUUAGUUCACGAAAAGGAGGUCAACUAUCUAUCCUUCAAUCCAUACAAUGAGUGGGUAGUUGCAACGUCAUCUUCAGACACUACAGUUGGUCUGUUUGACAUGCGAAAGUUGAACGCUCCAUUGCACAUCUUAAGCAGUCAUACGGAUGAAGUGUUCCAGGUGGAAUGGGAUCCUAACCAUGAAACAGUGCUGGCAUCUUCUGCUGGUGACAGAAGGUUAAUGGUUUGGGAUAUUAAUAGGGUAGGAGAUGAGCAGUUGGAAGGAGAAGCUGCGGAUGGUCCCUCUGAACUAAUCUUCUCUCAUGGGGGUCAUCAAGCUAAAAUAUCUGACUUCUCUUGGAAUAAAAAUGAGCCAUGGGUCAUCUCAAGUGUUGCAGAAGACAAUACUAUUCAAAUCUGGAAAUUGGCAGAUAGUAUUUACCGGGAUGAAGAAGACGAGUUGCUUACCAAUAGAUCUUGAAAGUCAUGGUUUUCUGUUCAGAUUUGUUUUUACUGGAAAGGACAUGAUAAUUCACGCAUUAUAUAAUUGAUCUCUUACAUUCACAGAAUAUCUGUUAAAAAUUGUUGAUUAUUUGCUUAAUGCUCUUAUGAGAAUCAAUUCAUCUUCUGCUCCUCUCCAACUGUACAACACAUAAGUUACAUUUGGGCAUUUUGAAAUGGAUGUAUAAUGUCUGCAUAAUCUUUAAGGCUAGUUCUUCAGCAGAAUUUUCAGUUCCAACUGAAAAGUAAA